UAAAAGGAAUAAGAAUAACGGAAGAAAAGAAAGAAAGAAAGCAAUACGGAAAAAAUGAAAUGAAAUUGAAUUAGUAUUGAGAAAAACGCAGCUUGGAGUUAAUCGAAUCAAUCAAAAUCGAAUCUGCAAUUGUUAAUGCGCCGCUGAGGAGCAGCUACCUGUGACGGUGACGGUGACGGUGAGAGGCGGAGGAGAUGAUAACACGAUCGAAUCUGGCAGAGCAAUUGAGAGAAUAUCAGAUUCGAUCGAAGCAUGAUUGGGCCUCUGUUUCCUUCUUCUCUUCCACUUCUAAUUUAACGUCUUCUAGGGUGGAUGUGGUGGUAUUUGUAAUAUGGGAACUCAUUAUUCUGGCGUUCCUGGUGUUUUCAGCCGUUUCAUUAUAUUUUAGGCAUAUACGACUAGCUUUUGUCUUAGUAUGCAUCACAAUGCUUUUGCUUUUAUGCAUGAAAAUCACUAAGCAAGUGAGAUUGGCUAGGAAAAAGAAACGAAGAAUGCUUCUUCCCUUAUCUAUGUGAAAGUACGCAAGUAAUAAAAGUCGUGUAGAUUGUGAGAGUUUUGGGAGUUGCACAGAGGCAUUUUUUACUGUAAAAUGUAAUCACGCUUAAGAUGAAGUUGAUCAAGAAAUGUACUUAUUUGUGGUGAUCUUUCGUGACAAUUGCUGAUUGAAGUGUAGGGAUCUAAAUUUUCAAAAGCAAAAUUUCAAAUCUUUUCUGUCAA